GUGUAAUUUCGUACUUCUCGUUUAUGUAAGCUGGGAAGACUUCUUCCCAAAACUACCGGGACGCUGCUUCUCGCCUGUCGCUUUGACAUCACCUCGCGCCUACGAACGAGCUCCGCUCGUCUCGCGUUCUUCGAGCGUUAACCGACGUCACUAACCUAAUGAGCUUUCUCGCGACAAGUAAGCAGCUCUUUAGACGGCCAUUGAGCCUGGGAAUAGUUGUUGUAGGCGUUGCAAGUCUCCUCUUGUACUUCUUUGCUGAUAAACCAUCCUUGAAGCCCGCUACUGUUGGCAAGAUGCAUAUUGAAUCCAUCCCUAUGUGGGAGGGUAGUGGAAACAACUAUGCGUAUCUCGUGACCGACGACAAGACUAAGGAUGCUGUGAUUAUUGAUCCUGCCAACCCUUCUGAAGUCCUGCCUCACAUUAAGAAAGCCGUGGACAGCGGCGUCAAUCUGAAGAGUAUCGUCAACACUCACCAGUCAGUACUCUCCUUCCGAAGAUGUCAAUCCAUGCUAACAACGGCCAGUCACCAUGACCAUGCUGGCGGCAAUGCCGAGAUGCUCAAGUCAUACUCCGUGCCCGUCAUUGGCGGCAGAGACUGUGCCAAAGUGACCAAGACUCCUAGCCACGGCGAGACGUUUACGGUCGGCGAAAGCAUCAAGGUUAAAGCAUUACAUACGCCGUGUCACACGCAAGACAGUAUCUGCUACCUCUUUGAGGAUGGUAACGAUCGAGCUGUUUUUACUGGCGAUACACUGUUCAUCGGAGGCUGCGGUCGUUUCUUCGAAGGUACCGCAGAGGAGAUGGACAAGGCGCUCAACAAGACGCUUGCUGCACUACCAGACGACACGAGAGUAUACCCUGGUCAUGAGUACACAAAGGGCAACGUCAAAUUCGCGGUAAAAGUAGCGCAAAGCGAACCCAUUAAGAAGCUGGAGUCUUUCGCCAACUCCAACAAGCAGACGCAGGGCAAGUUCACCAUUGGCGAUGAGAAGCAACACAACGUCUUUAUGCGACUAGAUGAUCCGACUGUACAGAAGUUCACAGGCAAGACGGAGCGUGUCGAUGUGAUGGCGGCACUCCGGGAGGCGAAGAACAACUCGUAGAUAUUGUAAUAUACAAUCCCUCCAUCCAUCUCCAGCCAAAAAUGCAAGGUACUUUCAGCCGCCCCCGUGCUUGUGCA